AUUCAUUCAGGUACGUCUUCGCUCAGAUAUCAAGGCUAACACUACUUUACAAGGAUGCAGGUGAAGAGAGUCGUUCUCAACUCAAGACCAGGUAAAGCUGGGGUGCCAGUUCCUGAAAAUUUCUGUGUGGAGGAGGUGACUUUGGCAACUGACCUGAAGGAUGGAGAGGUCCUUGUCCGGACACUUUACCUCUCAGUCGACCCUUACAUGCGGUGCAGAAUGAAUGAAGAGACUGGUUUUGAGGAAAUGACUCCAUGGCAGCUGUCUGAGUGUGCGGAUGGUGGAGGUGUCGGUGUGGUUCAGUCCAGCCGCUGCAGCACUUACAGUGAGGGAGAUGUGGUGGUUGCAUUCAACUGUCCUUGGCAGACCCAUGCUGUUUUAAAAGAAAGUGACUUACAGAAGGUUGAAGCAGAGUUGGUUGACGGACACUUGUCCUACUAUUUGGGUGCAGUUGGUAUGACAGGGCUCGCUGCACUGUUGGGCAUCAGGGAGAAGGGUCAUGUGAGCGAAGGGGCCAAUCAGACCAUGGUGGUGAGCGGCGCAGCUGGGGCCUGUGGAUCCAUGGCUGGACAGAUUGGCCGGCUGGAAGGUUGUGUGAGAGUGGUUGGGAUUUGUGGCUCUGAUGAGAAGUGCAAAGCUUUAGUGGACGACCUGGGCUUCUCUGCAGCCAUCAACUACCGCACAGAGGACGUCUCUGCAAAGCUGAAGGAGUGCUGCCCUGAUGGGAUAGAUGUUUACUUUGACAAUGUGGGAGGUGACAUCAGUGAUGCUGUCAUCACACAGAUGAACAAGGACAGCCAUGUGAUCCUGUGUGGGCAGAUCUCACAGUACAACAAGGACGUGACGUAUCCUCCGCCCCUGAGCGAGAAGACACAGGAAACCCUGCAGAAGAAGAACAUCACCCGCGAGGAAUUCAUGGCACUUAGCUACAUGGACAAAAUAGACCCUUCCCUGUAUGAGCUCAGCCAGGGAGUUAGAUCAGGCCACGUCAAGGUGCUGGAAACUGUAGUGAACGGCAUUGAAAAGAUGGGAGAUGCAUUUUGCUCUAUGAUGAAAGGCGGCAACGUUGGCAAGCAAGUUGUAAAGAUAUCAGAGUGAGGAGAAUCACUGGAGCUGCUCUCACCAGACAGAGGCCUCGGGGAAUUAAC